GAGUGGGGUUUAGCUGGCACUGAAUAUAUUAUUAUUGUGAUGACGCUUACUGCCUUUACACUUGUUCUUAUUCACAAACACAGGAUGAUUGUUUUUCGAAGGAUAUUUCUAAUGGUUGGAAUGCUUUAUUUCUACAGGGGAAUAACAAUGUACAUAACUGUACUGCCUAAACCUGAUACAACAUAUUACUGCUCACCUAAACUCAAUCAUUCAAUUACAUUUAUAGACUCGCCUAGAAAUUGGAUAAUAUUUCACGGCAUUGCACUCUGCGCACUCGUGACGGGAGUCGUCUUCCUUUUGCUUGGACGCGGACAUUACUCCAUUGAUGUCUUUAUAGCUUAUUGGGUCACAAGCAGGUACAGUGUUCCUACUAAACAUGAGGAUUUGAAGACGAGCAAGUAAUAUCGAAUAUGCAUU